AUGACGCGGGUUCGGUCAAUAUUGCGGCCAUCCUGCCUCGGCAGCACUUUGACACCGUUCCUGUAUCCCGCUUUUUUCGAAGCUCCUCUCGCCUCGGCCGCCCGACGAUGCCCUGUUCGCACACCGUCGCGAUUCGCAAGAUGUAGCUCUACUGCUACGGGACCCACGCCUCCUCCAUUUGCGCCGCCCGACACGCAUGCGUCUCAUCUCGACCCGACGCCAGACAACUACUCCCUCACGCCCUUCGCCGACCGCUGCAUCCUCACCGUAGAAGCUGGCGCCGGCGGGCACGGCUGCGUCUCGUUUGUGCGCGAGAAAUACAUUGAAGAGGGGCCAGCGAAUGGCGGUGAUGGCGGGAGCGGAGGCAAUGUCUACAUCCAGGCAGUCCGUGGCGAGACAUCGCUGCACAAGCUUGCCAGAAGGCGGUUGCUCAAAGCCGGCAGAGGGCGCAAUGGCCAAGGGAAGAUGAAGGGUGGGGAACGAGGGACCGAUGUACUCAUAACGGUGCCAGUGGGGACAAUCGUGCGGGAAAUUCAGCGGCACGACCCCAUCGAGGAUGAAAUGGAGGCGCAGUGGCAAGCCAGGAGACACGCCCAGAAAGAGACCACAGAGGAAGGAAAAGGUAGCUACAGGAAGGACAGGUGGCUCGUAUUCCCUGGGUUGGUACCCUCAGAGCUGAACAGGAUGACAUUCCCGGUCCUGCCACCGCCCCGAAAGUCCCACCUCGCAGCUCUCCAACCGCAAGCCCCCAUAUGGCUGGACCUGGACAAGCAUAUGGAAACGCCUAUGCUCCUCGCUGCUGGUUCUAUGGGCGGUCUCGGAAACCCGCAUUUCAUCACACCGUAUCAGUCCAGACCGAAGAUGGCUACACGCGGAGACCCUGGCAUGAAGCUGUCGCUGCAGCUAGAACUGAAGAUUUUGGCAGAUCUGGGCUUGGUCGGUCUUCCCAACGCUGGAAAGAGCACGCUUCUCAGAGCCCUGAGCAAUAGCCGAGCUCGCAUAGGCAAUUGGGCCUUCACAACUCUCCAACCGAACGUUGGCACCGUAGUAUUAGACAACCACAAAGGCCGCCCGACUGUGGUCAAGCGGGGAAGAGACGGGCAGCUGCGAGAAAAUUUCACAAUCGCCGACGUCCCCGGACUCAUUGAAGACGCCCAUCUCGACAAGGGCCUUGGUCUCGGUUUCCUCCGGCACGUCGAGCGAGCGGCCGUCCUCGCAUUCGUUAUCGACCUAUCGGCAGGCGACGCCGUUGAAGCGCUGAAGCUGCUCUGGCGCGAAGUCUCCGAAUACGAGACACUGCGGGGCAAAGAACUGAACGCUGAAACCGAGCGUAGAAUGGUCACAUAUCGCCCUCCAGGCCGCAGCGUGCCGCCGAGCGAUGCGUCAGACCCCGUAGAGUCGCCAGGUUUGGACCCGCCGCUCGAACCUCUUCCCUUCAUCCCGACGACGCCUAUCUCAGCGAAGCCUUGGUUUGUCGCCGCGACAAAGGCAGACUUACCAGGCACACAGCACAGUUAUGAAGCGUUGCGGCAGUAUCUCCACGACGUGAAUAGCGGCGCGCAACCUCACCCCAGCGGUCGGAAGAACGCUUGGAAGCGCAAUGUACAGUCUGUACCUAUAAGUGCUAUCCGAGCCGAGGGUGUAGAAGUUAUCCCUCAGCUUGUCAUGGAUUUGCUAGACCAAUGA